AUAAAGAAAAAACUGAAGAUAAGCCAGUUGUGGGGGAGCUCGUGUUACAAACACUCCCCUUCACAAUCUCCCUCUUCAUCCUACGGACCAGAUUUCACCACACAAGUAUAUUACCAUAACCAUACCUUUCCAUUGCUUUUCAGUUCACACGAUCAUUCUCUUUUAGAGAGAAACCAAAGAAGCAGAGCACAGAGUUGGCGAGCAAUGGCUUCUCUUCCAUUCACAUUCGCUCCGGCCACCGUGAGAGUGUAUGCGGCCACAGCUGCAAAAGGAGCUGGUGGGAGCAAGGAGGAGAAGGGGCUUCUGGAUCGGAUUUUGGGGUAUCUACAGAAGGAAGAGCAGCUGUAUGAGAAUGAUCCAGUAUUGAAGAAAGUGGAGGAGAAGAGUAGUGGAGGAACCACCAAUGGCCGCAAGAACUCGGUUGCGGUUCCCCAGAAGAAGAAGGGUGUCUUUGGAGGCCUCUUCGCAAAGAAUUGAGCAUGGUCUUUCUGGUCUGGUGCAUACUUUGAUUACAGUCUCAUCUUCUUUUACUGUACUCUCUGCUUCUUUUCUUGCUCUCUGUGUUUUAUGACUCUCAUAUAUAUUUCUAUAUUUAAGGGCCGUCAAUGCAAUGCAAUUCAAAUUGUCAUUAAAGAA